AUGAAAGCUUUGAUUUCAAAUCGGAGCAUCGUUUCCCGGCUAUUCAACCACAGCACCGGAAGAUCAGGUUUCAAGGGCGCUCACGUCAUCGACGUCCCCAAACCCAAGAUCGCAGAGCAGGAGAUUCUCGUCAAAGUCAAGGCCGUCGCCCUAAACCCCAGCGACUACAAGCACGUCGACGUGAUUUCCCCCAAGGGUUGCAUCCUCGGGUGCGACUACGCCGGUGAGGUCGUCGAGGUCGGGCCCUCGGCGAAAACGUCCUGGAAGGUCGGGGACCGCAUCGCCGGCGUCGUUCACGGCGGACUCCACCACGACCGCGGCGCGUUUGCCGAGUACCUCAAGACGGACGCUGAUCUGGCUUGGAAGAUCCCUUCGGGUUUCAGGGACGAGGAGGCGGCAACCUACGGUGUUUCGGCUGUCACGGCCGUAUUGGCAGUCAACGUUCAUCUCGAUAUCCCUUGGCCCGACGAAGCGAACCAGAGCCAAGAAGCAUCGGCCUCGACGUCUCAGAAGCGGACGAUUCUCAUCUACGGUGGUUCUACGAGCGCUGGGCUCUUUGCGAUCCAGCUUGCCAAACGGGCCGGGUACACCGUCGUGACCACGGCAUCGCCCCAUUCGUACGACCUCGUCAAGCGGUAUGGCGCCGACAAGGUCUUUAACUACCGAUCGGACACCUGGGUGAAGGAGGUCUCUUCGGCCUACCCCGAUAUCACCCUCGCUCUGGACUGCAUCUCCGAAAAGGGCUCGGGCCCCUCCACUGCGCAAGUGCUCAAGGCCAAGGGUGGGAAGGUCGUGACCUUGCUGGAUCAAGGAGAGUCAAACGUCCCUGGCGUCAAGUACGACAUGAUCAUGCUCUACACCGUGUUUGGGAAGGAGUUUGCCUGGCUGCCGCCAGUGGGACCCAAGUUUCCGGUCGAUCUGGAACACCGAGCCGCCCUUGCGCGAUUCUAUGCCAGUCUGCCGCAGCUCACCGACGUCAUCAAGCCACCGCCGAUUCAAGCAUUUGAUGGUGGAAUCGACAUCCUUCUGGAGAAAGUAGACCUUUUACGUCAAGGGAAGGUCUCCGGGUCUAAAUUGGUAGUCAGACUUUAA